AUGGGUGCCUCAUACGGCUACCACAAGUCACUGGCAUCAUUUCUCCGACUCCUCGUGAAGCCCAGACUACAUUUGAACCCCAAACCCGACGAAGUAGCCUUGAUUCCAUCGCGAGACGAUGGCCGCACCAUCAAAACUCAUAUCUACAAACCUGACACCCCGGGACCUACCCCUGUCGUAAUCAACUUCUGCGGAAGCGGGUUCGUACUCGGCACCUUUGGCAACGACGACGAGUACUGCCGCUACGUCGCCGACAAAGCAGCCUACACCGCCAUCGACGUCCAGUACCGUCUGGCCCCAGAACACCCCUUCCCAGCCGCCUUUCACGAUGCCGAAGAUGUAGUGACCUGGGUGCGCUCGCAGCCCGAACGCUUCGAUCUAUCCCUGGUCUCACUCUCAGGAUUCAGCGCAGGCGCCAACAUCGCCCUAGCAGUCUCCUGCGCAUCAGAGAUCUUCCCGGCCGGCGAAAACACCGUCUUCAACUCCGUCAUCUCCUUCUACGGUCCAAUGGACAUGGCUCUCCCAACACCUGAAAAACCCCAGGCCGACCGCUCGAAUUGGAUCAUGCGCGAUAUCUUCCCGCCCUUCUCGCACCUGUGUCAUAAGUGUCUGAAUCUGGGUCGCGUCGACCCUGCAGAUCCGCGCAUGUCCCCGAUUAAAGCGGAUCCGAAGAACUUCCCUGACAAUGUCUUGAUGAUCACUGCGGCGCAGGACCCGUUUGCGAUCGAGGCGGAGAAGUUAUCCGAUGUGCUGAAUAAUACUGAGGGGAAAUAUUCUGUCUGUCGGAGGAUGGAUAAUUGCGCGCAUGGCUGGGACAAGGAGGCUGUUCGGGGGUCGUCGCAGUGUGAGGCGAAGAUGGAGGCUUAUGAUCUUGCGGUGGAUCUGUUGAAGAAGAGGAGCUCGAUCCAGAGCGCUGGAAUUAAUGUUUAG